AUGUUGGCGGCUGCCCCCCCCGCUGCAGAGGGAGAGGGCCCGGCGAAGCCCGCGUCUGAGAAGGAGCCCGAAAUGCCAGGCGCCAGGGACGAGAGUAAGGAGGAUGAGGAGGAGGAAGAGGAUGACGACGAGUACGAGGAGGAAGAAAAAGAAAAGAGCCUCAUUGUGGAAGGCAAGAGAGAAAAGAAGAAAGUAGAGAGAUUGACAAUGCAAGUGUCUUCCUUACAAAGAGAGCCAUUUACAAUUGAACAAGGGAAGGGUCAGAAACUAUGUGAAAUUGAAAGGAUACACUUCUUUCUGAGUAAGAAAAAAACAGAUGAACUUAGAAAUCUACACAAACUGCUUUACAACAGACCAGGCACAGUAUCCUCAUUAAAGAAGAAUGUGGGUCAGUUCAGUGGCUUUCCAUUUGAAAAGGGCAGUACCCAGUAUAAAAAGAAGGAAGAAAUGCUGAAAAAGUUUAGGAAUGCGAUGCUAAAGAGCAUCUGUGAGGUUCUCGAUUUGAGAUCAGGUGUAAACAGCAAACUAGUGAAGAGGAUCUUGAAUUUCUUGAUGCAUCCAAAGCCUUCCGGCAAACCAUUGCAAAAACCCAAAAAAUCCUCAAGCAAAAGUGGUAAAAAGGAACGAAACAGUUCUGGAACAACAAGGAAGUCAAAGCAAACCAAAUGUCCUGAAAUUCUGUCAGAUGAAUCUAGUAGUGAUGAAGAUGAGAAGAAAAAUAAGGAAGAGUCUUCAGAAGAUGAAGAGAAAGAAAGUGAAGAGGAGCAACCACCAAAAAAGACAUCUAAAAAAGAAAAAGCAAAACAGAAAGCUGCUGCUAAAAGUAAAAAGUCUGUAAAAAGUGCUAAUGUUAAGAAGGCAGAUAGCAGCACCACCAAGAAGAAUCAAAACAGUUCCAAAAAAGAGUCUGAAUCUGAAGAUAGUUCUGAUGAUGAACCAUUAAUUAAAAAAUUGAAAAAACCACUUACAGAUGAAGAGUUAAAGGAAACAGAAAAAUUACUGGCUGAUUCUAACUUGGAGGAAGUCACAAUGAAGAUUUGCAAAGAGGUAUAUGAAAAUUAUCCUGCUUAUGAUUUAACUGAGAAGAAAGAUUUCAUUAAAACAAUUGUAAAAGAGCUAAUCUCUUAAGCUAGAGGACAGAUGGCUUGUUCUAAGAUUUGAAGAUACGAUUUAUACCAGCAAAGAGAAUGUAUUUUCUUUUUUAAGUCUACUGUUGGUAGAACUUGCUGCUGACCCUUUUGAGUGUUACAUAUAUUUGAGCUUGCUGUUUUAAAUUGCAUUUCCUUGCAGUUUUCAGUUUAAAGUCUUACAUGGCAGUAAAUGUUCCUUGCUUUU